GCUUCAGGUUGGCGCAAAGAUGGCGGCCCCGGGCAAGCGGAAACUCGGGGCCGCCACUAGCGGCAGCGGCGCCGGGUGGAGUAAGCGAGGCUCGGGGGCUGCCGGGCCAGAGGGAAGCGGCCGGGAGCAGCCGCAGUCGCCCUUCGUGGAGGGCUCUAUAGUCAGGGUCACUAUGGAGAAUUUCCUAACAUAUGAUAAUUGUGAAGUGUCUCCAGGACCCCAUUUGAACAUGAUAGUAGGAGCUAAUGGAACAGGAAAAUCAAGCAUUGUUUGUGCCAUUUGUCUGGGAUUGGCAGGAAAACCUUCUUUCAUAGGGCGUGCAGACAAGGUUGGUCUGUAUGUAAAGCGAGGGUGCUCAAAAGGCUGGGUUGAAAUUGAACUGUUUAAGACUCCUAAAAAUCUCAUUAUCAAACGUGAGAUUCAUGUAGCAAACAAUGCAUCAGUGUGGUUUGUCAAUAAAAAGCCUUCAACCCUGAAAAUAGUAGAGGAGCAGAUUGCAGCCUUAAAUAUCCAAGUGGGCAAUCUGUGCCAGUUUCUUCCUCAGGACAAAGUUGGGGAAUUUGCAAAACUGUCCAAGACUGAGCUUCUUGAAGCUACAGAGAAAUCAGUUGGCCCACCAGAAAUGUACCAAUUCCACUGUGAACUAAAAAACUUCAGAGAGAGAGAGAGAGAACUUGAGAAUUCAUUGCAAGAGAAAACUAAUUUCUUGGAGAAAAUGAAGCAAAGAAAUGAACGGUAUAAACAAGAUGUGGAGAGAUACUAUGAACGCAAGCGUCAUCUAGAUUUAAUAGAGAUGCUUGAGAGAAAAAGACCGUGGGUGGAAUAUGAAAACGUUCGCCAACAGCAUGAGGAGGUGAAACAAAACCGUGACCAUGCAAAGGAAGAAUUAAAAAAACUACAACAAGCAAAGUCUCCAAUGACACAGCAAAUCCAAGAAGUUGAAAAGCAGUGGAGGAAUUUGGAUAUAAAAAUCAAAGAGAAGACUGCUGAAAUCAAAGACACUUCUCAAAGAUGUAAACAAAAACAAGAUGCUGUGGAAAAGAAAGACAAACAAAUUGAAGAAAUUCAGCAAGCUUUGAGAAUGAAAAGCGAUGAAGAAAUGGAUCGACAGAAGAGAAUACACAACUCUCAUAAGAUGAUAGAGGACUGGCAGAAUGAGCUCAACAGUACAGGAAACUCUGAGAAUCUUCAACCUCAGAUUGAUUCUAUUAACAAUGAGCUGAGACAGUUGCAAGAAGAAAAGGCAAAUAUUGAUGGUGAAAUGAGUGAUCUGCGAAGAGAGAGAGAGAACCUAGAGAGGGAAAAGAAAAGAGUAACUGAUCGCAUUGUACAAUUUAACAAUAUGAUGAAUCUGAAGGAAGAUAAGCUCAGAGGGAGAUACCGAGACACACACAAUGCUCUUCUGUGGCUAAGGGAGAACAAAGACCGAUUUAAAAGAAGUGUCUGUGAACCCAUGAUGCUUGCAAUAAACAUGAAAGACAAUAGACAUGCUAAAUAUGUUGAAAAUCACAUUUCAGCAAAUGAUAUGAGGGCCUUUGUUUUUGAAAAUCAAGAAGACAUGGAAAUAUUUCUUCGGGAGGUGCGUGACCAUCAGAAAUUAAAAGUUAAUGCUGUAUGUGCACCCACUGAGUCAUGUGCUGAAAAUAGACCUUCAAGAUCAGUUGAAGAGUUGCACCAAUAUGGUGUUUUCUCUUAUUUACGAGAGUUAUUUGAUGCUCCUCAUCCUGUGAUGAGUUACCUUUGUUCCCAGUAUCGUGUUCAUGAUGUCCCUGUGGGAACUGAGAAGACCAGAAGCAUGAUUGAAAGGGUUAUACAAGAAACCAAAUUUAAACAAAUCUACACAGCAGAAGAAAGGUAUUCAGUGAAAGUGUCUGCUUAUACAAACCAAACUAUUUCUAGUAACACAUCCCUGAGACCAGCGCAGUUUCUCACUGUCACAGUAGAUGCAGAUGAAAGAAGGCAGUUGGAAAACCAACUAAAGGAUGUUAAUAGAUGUUUCCAGUUACGAGAUUCUCAAUUGCAUACAUUAUAUGAGAGGCAGAAGGGUCUGGAACGCAAAGAUAAUGAGCUGAGACAGCAAAAGAAGGAACGUUUGGAGAGAAAAAACAAAAGGAAACAACUGGAAUCAAAAAUUAGUAUGAAACACGAUAGUUUGAAACAGAUGGAGCAAGAUGCCAUCAAUCUAGAAGAGGAGUCUCAACAAACAAAUGCCAGGAUCAAAGAAAUUAAUGUCCAAAAAGCAAAACUUGUUACAGAAUUAAUGCAACUCAUAAAGAAUUGCAUAACACUGAACAUCCUCAAAGUGGAUUUGGUUCUUCAGAGCACUACAGUGAAUUCCAAGAAGAAUAGACUAGAAUCUGAUUAUAAAGCAGCAACUGUACAACUAAGAGCUUUAGAGCAACAAGUUUCUGACUUGGGUGAAAAAAAACGUGUUCUUUUGGAGAAGUGCAAGGGACUGAUGAGAAAAGCUAGACAGGCGUGUAAUCUCAGCCCUGAUCAAGAAAUUCCAAAAGACUUUCAGACUGCAUUCCAGGACCUUCCAAGCACAUUGGAUGAAAUUGACGCUUUACUGAAUGAAGAGAAAUCAAGAGCCUCCUGCUUCACAGGCCUAAAUGCUUCAGUUGUUGAAGAAUAUAAUAGAAGGGCACAAGAAAUACAGCAAGUAACGGAAGAACUAGAGGAAAAGAAAAACGAAUUGGAGAGCUAUAGGCAAAACAUUUCACAGGUUAAAGAAAGGUGGCUAACACCUUUGAAACAGCUGGUUGAACAAAUUAAUGAAAAGUUCAGUAAUUUUUUUAGUUCUAUGCAGUGUGCUGGUGAAGUUGAUCUUCAUACAGAAAAUGAGGAGGAGUACGACAAAUAUGGGAUUCGAAUUAGAGUUAAAUUUCGUAGUAAUACCCAACUGCAUGAACUAACUCCUCACCAUCAGAGUGGAGGUGAGAGAAGUGUUUCGACUAUGCUGUACUUGAUGGCUCUGCAGGAACUCAACAGAUGUCCUUUCAGGGUUGUAGAUGAAAUAAAUCAGGGAAUGGACCCAGUCAAUGAGAGGAGAGUUUUUGAAAUGGUUGUGAAGACCGCUUGUAAAGAGAGCACUUCUCAGUAUUUCUUUAUUACACCAAAGCUCUUGCAGAAUCUCACCUAUGCUGAAAAAAUGACAGUGUUGUUUGUCUACAAUGGACCUUUUAUGCUAGAACCAACCAAAUGGAACUUAAAGGCAUUCCGUAAGCGGCGACGACAAGUUGAGCAAAUGGAUCAGUAGUGAAUUCCAUAGAGCCUUUUGGAGCUACUGGUCUGUGAGACUGUAUUUAUGAAAACAGAGUGGUUGAAUCUGAGAGGGAAACCUGCAGAGAACUGACAAUGAAGAGCUGGGCUUCUUUUUUUAGAAACUUACCUUCAAAUAUAUGUAAUAUUUUCUUAGAUCUGUUCUAGCCAUCUAUUCGUUCAAAGAAAAACUCAUUUUUACCUCGGACUGGCUGUCUUAAUGGGAAGGCCCGUAGAAACCUGGAUCUUUUGCACUUUGCUAUAUCCAACAUACCACAUCAGGAAAUUUUAGCUGUCAUUUUAUUUCUUUCCAAAUGAGUUACGUUUGGUCAAAUCCACUUUUGUUGAAGUUUUCAAAAGUUGUGAUAUAUAUUAGGUUAAUACAUUGCACAGUUAACUUGAAGAUAAAGUUACAGUUGGAUAGCUUUGAAGUGGUUCUAUUGAAAUGGUAACUGUGUGAGUGAGGCAGAAGGGUAUCUGAUGUCACCAGACUCUCAACUAGUGUGGUGUGUGUGUGUGUGUGUGUGUGUGUGUAGCCUUGUAUCACAGUUUUUUCUUGUGGUGGUUAUUAAAUAUAAAAUAGCAUACACUAUGUAACUAGACGUUAUAGUAUUAUGUA